CAUCACCAUCAUUCAUCACCGUCCUCAUCCUCAUCCUCAUCCUCUUCCUCUUCCUCCCCAUCCACACCCACAUCCACAAUACAAUCCCCAUCAUCAUCGUCAUAGCGCAAGUCUCAAAUUUUUAUCCGAUCAGCUCCAUCUACCGAUCGCCAGAUCGUGCCACUGACCGGAUCUCUGCAUAAUUCAAGCACAAAUAUUUACUCACAAUUCUACCCCACACCAGUACCUAAGCCUCCCGUACUCCGUAUACUUUUUCAAACUCCACAGAUCCCUCCCAAACUAUGACAACAUCGGUAUCACCACCAUUCCUCCCUCCCCUUCCACUCCCCUCCGGCAUAACCUCCCGCUUCAUAACCACACCCUCCCUGACAACCCACAUCCUCGAAGCUGGCCACCCACCACACAAUAACCACCAUGACCAUCCCCUCAUAGUCCUUCUCCACGGUUUUCCCGAAAUCGCCUUCUCCUGGCGGAAAGUCAUCCCCGAUCUUGCCGCGGCCGGCUACCACGUCGUGGCCCCCGACCAGCGGGGCUUCGGCCGCACGAGCGGUUGGGACACCCGCCCCUACGCCGAGGCGGACCUGCACACGUUCACCGUCUCCGCCCUCGUCCGCGACGUCGUCCUCCUCGUAUAUGCACUGGGGUACACCUCCGUCCACUGCGUGGUCGGGCACGAUUGCGGCGCCGUGACCGCCGCCAUGUGCGCCGUGGCCCGCCCGGAUCUCUUCCGCAGCGUUGUCCUUCUCAGUCACCCCUUCAAUGGCAUGCCGGCGCCGGCGAGUGUUGUUGCUACGUCUGUGGAUGGCCAGCAGCAGCAGCAGCAGCAGCAGCAGCAGCCAGCUGGCUCUUCUGCUGUCCCCCGAACCUCGACAGGCAACGAUCCCAACUCCAUCGCAGGAGACGAGGACGUGCACUCUGCCCUGCGGGAUCUGGGCCGCAAGCACUAUAAAUGGUAUUACUCGACUCCGUCGGCCAGCGCCGAUAUGCUCCACCCUCCCGGAGCGGAAGGGCUUCAUGGCUUCCUGCGGGGGUAUUUCCACCUCAAGAGUGGUCGCUGGACAGGGAAUAAGCCACGCACGUUGGCCGGCUGGACCGCUGACGAGCUCGCUAAGAUGCCGUACUACUAUGUCAUGCCAGCGGACGCGACGAUGCCGCAGGCGGUAGAGCUACACAUGCGCGAGGAGUCGGAGGAUGGGCUGCGGGCCUCUCGGGAGUGGCUGUCCGAUGAGGAUCUCGCGGUGUACGUCAGGGAGUACCAGCGGACGGGGUUCCAGGGGGGUCUAAACUGGUACCGGGUGCAGACAGCCAAAGGGAAGCAGUGCACCUGGGACUUGGAGGUGUUCAUGGGGAGAAAGAUCGACAUUCCCUGCACGUUUGUGUCGGGCAAGCUCGACUGGGGAAUCUACCAGCAGCCGGGCGCCUUGGAAAAGAUGGAAAAUGGAGAAGUGUGCAGUGACUUCCGCGAGAUGCGGUUAAUUGACGGGGUGGGACAUUGGGCGCCUCAGGAGAGUCCAGAGGAGGUAGUCCAGGCAAUUUUGAGCCUAGUCGGUAGUCUUUAAGUACUCGAUAGGGUAUCGUAGAGUAGAACUACCUGACAUGAUGCGGACCAUUCGCCUUCGGCAGCCGGCCUAAGGCGGACCACAUGCAUCCUUAUCUGCCUUGGCAAAUGCACACUCGGCCAGUCGGACAAGCUCGGUGGUAAAAUUACCCAAAAAGUGCGCGUGAAAGAUUACGCCGAGGGUGGGUGUUCGAAUUGGGACUUUCUUCAUCAGUUUGGGAACGCCCCGUAGGGUUUUCAUGAGGCCGGAUCCUAGGGGGUCCUUGAGGACAGCGCGAAACAGCGCGAGGACUGCAGUGACUGCGUAGAAUAUAACCACCC